AUGGAGUACCUUUUAGUUGAAGAGCUCGAUUCGGUGUCUGCUGAAAGCAUACUACCCCACUCUGUCCUUUACAGUAACGAUAAUACAAAUAGUAACUCUAUGGCCGGUUCAACUUCCAAGUCAGAAGGACUGUCUAUUUACUCAGAUGCAACACCGCUGAGCGAUUCAACUACGGGUGAGAGCAAAAAGGACAAUGAGUUGAGCGAAUAUACACAAAGUCAAAUUGAAGAACAAAACAGCCCACCCUCAUCGCGCGCCUGUACGCCUGAUCUACCAAUAAAAAUAAUUCAUCCACAUCGUGCUGGCCGCAUCACCUGCGAUUUUUGCCAGAAAUCGUUUACCAGCCGUAGCAAAAUGCUUUCCCACCGACGCAUGCACGAGCCGGAUCGACCGCGCUUCAAUUGUACCUUUGAGGGCUGCGAUCGUUCUUAUUUAUCACGUCAGUCGUGUGAGCUACACUACAAACAGACACAUUGCUCGCGCGAUGACUUCCUACCGUUCAAGUGCGAGCUGUGUAAUAAAGCGUUCUCGGUACCACAAACGCUGGAGGUGCAUAUGCGUUAUCAUACGCGUGAAUUUCCCUACGAAUGUCAGCAUUGCCAUCGCAGGUUUGGACAAAAAGGACAUCUGACGACGCACAUGCAUGUUAAACAUAAUAAUUUGAGAUACAUUUGCCCGGAAACGGGUUGUGGCAAAGUAUUCAAAAAUACGAUUUCGCUGCGUAACCAUAGCUUUUCACAUACGGGUAUGCCUUUCCGGUGCGCCUACUGCGAUAGGGGCUAUCCGCAGAAGUCGAGGCUCAAAGUUCACUUGAAACUGAAGCAUGAAAUUGAUAUGCCCGUUGAGGAAUUGGAAUCGAUGCGUAAACUGAAAAAUACUCAUACUCGCAUUCGUCAUGCAGUCGUAAAGGUGGCAAGCACCUCAGAUGUUAUGUCACAAGUUAAGGCAGAUGACUUAGACGUCGACGACCCCGAAAGUGGUGCAUAUUUUGAAGAUGUUGGGGAAGAAAUUGAGAUGGAUAUGUAA